AUUCAGCGACUUGUGUGUUUCUUCUGUCCUAGUCGCAGCAGCAGCUUCAGUCGAGCUUCUUCAUAUACGGUCGGUAUGUCUUGCGUCUUAUGUUGAAUUGCUGUACUAAUGCAAAGAGCUGAGUGACACUGAUGCGUUACGAUAAUGUGAACGACAUUUAUCUUCCAUUCACGUAAUCUUAGUCCGUAAUCGCCGGUUCACAUUUUCAGGUCGAACCAGCUCUGUGUUGACAUGUGAUGCUGAAGUGCUGCUUGUGUUUUUUUUUCCAUCUGGGAGUUCAAACAUGUGUGGUCAGCUAAUGGCGUGAUUCUUAGUUAAGUCGCGAUACAUAGCAGAGCAUCUCCUUAAUGACAAACUGACAGUCAUGUAACAGUGACUCGGACUGUUUGGAAAAUGGUCAUGUUUUGGUAACAGUGACACCCAGUGUUGAAAUGUGGGAACCCUCGAGCAAGUGCACUAAACUAAAAAAUGAUCAGAUUUAAUGAUCAGGUGGACUGGUAUGAUCAAUAGCAUUGAUGUAAAAAGGCUUUGAAAAAAGUAAUAUCUAUCUAUGAAUGAAUGAAUGAUUUUAUUUCGGUAUAAUAUGAUCGAAAGGGUGUAAGCAAAAGCAAUUCUUAUAAAGGCCUACCCCUUAUACCACAAGUCUCAAACUCAACCACAGCAAGGGCCAUAAUCUGGAUUUAGGUCUAACCUGAGGGCCAAACAAGGUCAUCGUUUCACCAAAACUGUCAACCUUUUUUCAAAAAAUAUGUAACAAAAACAGCAAUGAUUAUAAAUCAUUUGGAAAUUCAAAAAAGAUAAUAAGAUAAGUUUAAAGGCAAUCUGAGGAAGAAAAUUUAUUUUGUUUUUAUUUUUUUAUUCUAUUUUAAUUUGUUAGUUCAAGAGAUCAGAGCAUGAUUUUAAAAAUAGAAAAAUUAUGCUUUUAAAGAGCAAAUACAUGAGGAGAACGUUGAAAUUAGGUUUACAAGCUCAAAAUAUGACUUAAAAUUUCAAAUUGGAAUCUAAAGUAUAAAAAUGGCAUUAGUCUAAAUACUGAGUUGAGAAAAAUCAAAGUAUCAAAUAAAAAAUCCAAUUAUGUUUGACUCGUAAUCUUGAAAUGCAUAAUUGAAAACAUGAAAUAAAACACCAAAUGGUUUUCCCCCCUACAUUUUUGACAAUUUACCAAAUCUUCCUUACUCUUUAAUUUCCCAGAUUUAUGUGGCUUAUUAAGAACAUUUUAAAUAAUAGUGCUAAAGUUUACAUUAUUAUACUGGAGGAAAUCUGCAGACUUCACACUGGUGGGCCAAUAACAAUACAAAUAUGAUAUGAUCUUGUGGGCCAGAUAGAAUUGUUCCACGGGCCAGAUUCGGCCCCCGGGCCUUGAGUUUGACACCUGUGCCUUAUACCAUACAUGAAGUACAUUAUACAGAUACACUCUCUUUAUACAAAUAUCAAAACUUAAAUAUAUAUUUACUCUUCAAAUCAGAUAGAGUAAUGAACAUGCUUUACACUUAAAAAUAAUAAUAGUACAUCAUUUUCUCUACAAUAUUGAGAAGUAACAUUAUUCUUGAAAAGUCCCUCAAAGCUUACCAGAGUACUACAUUUUCUAAUUGCUACUGGACAAUCGUUCCAUGUUUUCACCCCUUUUACAGACACACAAACAUUUUUGACAUUUGUUCGCGCUUUCGGUUUCUCAAAUAAUACACAGCCUCUUCAGUUGUAAUUAGAGUCCCUCAGUUUAAGCAGAUUCUGGACAUGUUGCGGUAGGACUAGGUUAUUGGCUUUGUACAUGAUUUGUAUUGUGAUGUAAUCUACUAGGUCUUUAAAUCUUAAAAAAUUUAAGGAGGUAAAUAGGGGAUGAGUUGAUUCACAGUAAUGUUUAUUGCAGAUGACUCUUGACAGCUCGCUCUUGUAAAAGAAAUAUUGGAUUUGUAUUUGUUUUAUAAGUGUUUCGACAAACCUCAAUUAUCAGAGAAUAGUUUAGAGUGGCUAACCCUUUUUGUGAAAGUAAAUCUUUGGCUUUAAACAGAAUGGCGAUAGAUUUUGACAUUUUUGAUUUAAUAUGAUUAAUGUGUGAUUUCCAACUUUGUUAUCUACUAUGACCCCAAGGAAUUUAUUCUCAGUUUCUACCUCGAUUUCCUUAAUGUCUAUAGUUAGAUUUCUACAUUGAAUUACUUGCUUAUUUCCAAAAAAAAUCUAUCUAUAAAAAGGGAAUAGUCUAUUAUAAACUGUUAAACACUGUAUAUUUUAAUUCCUGUGUGGUGCAGGUAUCUGCUGUUCCUUGGCCCAGAUGAUAGCUUCCACUCGAAGGACAGUGUUAUCCCUUUACAUGCGGGUCUUUCGCAUUGCCCGAACCUGGCAGGCACAGAGUGGGGUCCCAGGUGACACAGAGACAGAGAGAAAAUACAUCCUUCAGGAGGCCCGGACACUGUUCAGACAGAACCAGCAGGUAUAGCAAGAAGCACAAUGCUCACAGGGGAUUAGAAAGUGGAUUCCAUACGGCGAUUUGUUGAAGUAAACUUUUAUCACAUGUUCUACUUUUCAGCUCACAGAUCAAGAUUCAAUAAAGAAGUGUUUAGAAGAAUGUGAAGCAAGGCUAGAAAUAGGUAAGAGGGGAAGGAUGCCACAGGCUUACUCACAUAAGUGAUUAGUUUCUUAGGUGAGCGUCACACUUGCAGUAAAACCUACAUUUUAUGUUUUGUGGAUUUGGUUCAUUUAAAUAUGUAAAAUGAUAUCCAUUUGUGAUUCAAGCCACUUCCUGAUACGAUUCAGUGAUAGUAAGGCUCAGAGUUACUUUUGGUUAACUUUCUCAACAGUUGUGAGGUCCAGCGAAAUGUGAUUGUGUUUCCCAAAGAGGAAGUUCAGCUUAAGGUCUUGAGUGUCUCAGAAAAAGUAGCAGAAAGAUAACAUUUUUCUUCUGAAUGAGAAAUACAAAUUUAGCAGAAAAAAAGCAGAACCAUCUACACAAGUGAGAGUUAGUUCUUCACUAGUUUAGAGAAAAACACAUACCCAACACAAAUUAUACCUGUAAAAAGCUAUAUUUUUAUGGUUUUUAUGGUAUUUUUAAACAUGUUAACAGUUGAUUUAUUGAUUUUGCUUCACAGGUCUUCAUUACAGGAACCCAUAUCCAAGAGCUGUAAGUAGGAAGCACAUGUUAGAAAAGACAAAGGACAUUUUUGCUAUUGUGUGUUAAUACAUUUUGCCCUCUGAAUGUUCUCAUAGACGUAUCUUCCACCACUGGGACUGGCAACUCAGAAAGGCAGGAAGCUGCGAGCACAGCAGCGCCUGAGGAAGCAGGCCAAGCCAAUUUACUUACAGUCACAUGAUGAGACCUGAUGCACUCCUCACCAAUGAGUUUAAGUUACCAAGGACAGGAAACUAGAGUGCAGCCACAAGCUCUGAUCUCAUCGGCUGAUUUGUUGCAAAACACUCAAUGAUGCAAGAGCAGGCGACAUUCAAGAAAAGACGUUGUUCUUUUAUUGUUCUUUCUUCAUUGUGUAAACAUGUGGUCGUACAUGGUCAGCUUCUGUCCAGCCUGGGGAACCUGUCAGUGUGGAGUGACCUGGGAUCAAGUUCAACAUCAAGUUAUAUUUAUACUUGUUUUUCUUGAUGAUCAUAAAGGCUGAGGUUGGAAUGGUGUCAAAAAUAUGUGUUUCACGAAUCCAACUACUUGUCUUUUUAUCAUACUGAACAGCAAAGAGGAUAAUAAAGUUAUUUUGAGCACCAUCUCUUCAUAUUAUUGUGCUCAUUUUGUAGACGACAAUAUGACAGCUGUGGCAUGAAGUAACUUGACAUGAUUUGAAAAUAGUCCACAGAUUCCUUUGAUUUCUGAAAAACUACAGAGGAGCAUCAUCAAACCAGUGGAAGGACCCACUGAACUGUUACUUAUCUCUCAUCUCAAGACGAGCACAUAAAAUAUUGACAAGAAGAAAAUUUGUAAGAGUGCUUAACAAGACGGUAUCACCGCAGGGACAACGAUGAGACAAAAGGAAAUGAAAGUGUGUCAACUUAAUGAUAUGAGCCUCGUAUGAGGCAAGUCUGCUUUGAAAUAUGACAAACUAUAAUUUCACUUCAUCUACUCACCUGUUUGUUUCUGAAGAUAAACAUUUUAUUGUAUCGGAUGCACGUGCAUCACAGGAAGAGCUAGAUGUACUUCCAGAUUAAAGUGUAAAGAAAAAUAAAGAGGUAGAAUUUAAUAAAUAGGUUUCUAGUGUGUUUAUGACUGUAGGUUCAGCCGAAUAGGUAAUUUCAACAGGCUCUCCAUUGUGAAAAAAAAUGAGUUUAUGGCUUACCAGAUUUUGGAAAAAAUUGUACUUUUUGCCAGUUGAUCCAGAUUUCCUAAAGCUGAGGGUGACCAUGCUUGUAUAUUCUCUUAUGCAUGUUCUGAGACCAAGAGUCUGUCCAUCUGGAAUGAAAUACUGACAGUUUACUCAUAGCGGGACUUUUUCAGGGUCUUUCUUAAAAUAAUCAGAUACUCUCACCAAUAUGUGCAGCAUUUCUUAUAUACUUGUAUACAAUUUCCUAAAAUGCACUUUGGAGUAAAGUUUUAAGGUUUUGGCCAUAUAUCGGACAAUCAUUAACAAUCCUUCAACAAAACAGUAGCCAAGGGUAUAUUCUCUAGUCAAGUCUUCAUGAUGCCUUAAGUUAGGGAUAGCAGACUUCUGGCCAAUACCUUCUGUUCUGCACCUUGUUUACAGUCCGACCAGAAAAUAAAGACAUGAGAACAGAGUUUGUGUCAUAAAGACUUGCCUAAGCAUGGAUGAUCCGACCCACAUCUGCACACAGGUGGCAAUUAAGUCAGUGAAACAAAAAUCAGAACACAAACCAGUCCCAGGUCUUUACGUUUUCUGUAUUAUGCAGAAUCUGUGAAUAAACAUACAAGUGCAAUGUAAUAUAGAUGCUUCUUAAACGUCCUCUCCUGCUCUGUCUAAAAGUCAAAAAGGUUCCUUAAAGUCUAAUUGUCUAGUUAAUACAUUUAACCUGCUUGCAUGAAUGAAAAGCCUUCACUUUAAUAAUGUGGUUCGUUUCUCUGGGUUGACCGCAGACCAGGUGUUCUUGAAAAGUCCUCUGUAUCUGAUACAUUCAGUGGGGAAUUAAGCCUUUUUUUGUAUUCUGCUCCACUUUCCAGUGGGGAGUGCAAAAUUUAAAAAUGUGGAUCAGCAAACACGUCUUCAGAUGAUCUCAGUGGGGGAUGCAUUUACAGUUCAGUGUUGUUCCCUGGUGAUCGCUGCUGUAUAUAAGACAGCUGUAACAGCACAAUGCUCUUACUGUAGACCUUAUCACAUCCUUUUCAUGUUACACUUUGGGAUGAGUCACCUUGACAAACAAAGUCUCCUACUUUUUCUGAGGUCAUUGUCUUUGUCCUCCAGCGCCACACUGACCUGCAUGCGACCACAUGAUUAAGCUCUGUGGGCAAAAAGUGGAAGGGGAGUUUGCAUGUUUCAUUAGAUGACAGUCAAGCAGGUGACACAUCAGACUCCUGCCUCCGAGGCGUGGGCUGUGGUGUCCUCAAAAGUGGAGGCCUGGUGGAAAAAUAUCACCUUAGUUCAAUCAUAGAAGCAACAUGUCCUAUAUAGACGGCAGUGUGUGUGUCUGCACACUUCUGGAGGGCACAGAGAAGUACUGGAUAUUCAUUUAAGAUAUAAUGACUGACACAUACAAAGAAAUUAAGGUCUGUAAAGAAAUACUGAGGAGAGAGUGUCUGUAAAGGAUCUCUUGAAUCACAAAAUGCCAGACAUGGAUGAAGGAAGCUGAGCCUGCAGGCUGACUACAAAAGCCGGCCCAUUAAACAGAAUGAAGUCAGAUUGUCAGGAGUACUUCAGGACAAAGCCUGAAAAAUAAAUGAGAGGGAAACCAUACACCUGUAUCGUGCUCUAAAAUAACUCUUGUUCUUUAAGUGAGAGUGGACGAACUAGGAUUCACAGCAGUUCCUUGAGAGGUGCACUCUCUUCACUCUUUAUCCACCAGGGGUCACACAAUACUCAAUAGUGAGGGCUUUCAUUUUGUAGUUUAGGGGCCAUCAAAAUCAGGACCAGGCUUCACCAACUGGGUUGACCAUGCACUGAUAAAAAAAAAAAAAUCUUGUUAUAAAUCACUAAUUAACUGAGCUUUUUAUGUGGUCCAAACAAUAAAAAAUAUUGAUUUCCAA